AUGGAGAAAAAUGGCAUGCGCCCUAUUACGGGUGUCCAUACUGGCACGUUCUUCACGGGCCAAGGCCUCGGAACGUCGAAUGAGCUCGUGGCAGCACUCAGGGUCCUUCUCAGCCACGCUGUGCACUUCCUGGAUGGAAACUGUAUCGCGAGAUCUAUUGCAAACGGCGAGCUGAGUAUGACGUAUACGUGGUAA